AGGAAAGAAAAAGAAAGCCCCAAACCAAGAAACCCCCCAUUCUCUUUUCUCUCUCACUCUCUCUCUCUUUCACGGCUUAUAUUUUGCUUGGUACAGUGUUGCAUUUUUUGGCCAGUGUAUGAAAAAGGAAAGCCAAAAGCAUAAGCUACCCCAAGUUUCUACAGAGCCUGGCCUUUUGGUUCUCUUUGAAGAAACAAAAGCCCUUCUCUCUUCUCUGUUUCUUCUUCACUCAAAAUCAUUGAAGAUGCCUAGACCAGGUCCAAGACCUUAUGUCUGUGAGAGAAGAGCUUGGCAUAGUGAUAGACACCAACCCAUGAGAGGUUCUGUCAUUCAAGAAAUUUUCAGAGUUGUAAAUGAGAUUCAUAGCUCAGCAACCAAGAAGAACAAGGAAUGGCAAGAGAAACUUCCUGUUGUUGUCUUGAAAGCAGAAGAAAUUAUGUAUUCCAAAGCCAAUUCCGAGGCUGAGUACAUGGACCUUAAAACCCUGUGGGAUCGAACAAAUGAUGCUAUUAACACAAUCAUUAAACGCGAUGAGAGUACUGAAACAGGAGAGCUUCUUCAACCUUGUAUUGAAGCUGCUCUCAAUUUAGGCUGCACCCCAAGAAGAACCUUGAGGAGCCAACGCAAUUGCAAUCCGAGGUGUUACCUUAGCCCGGGCACUCAAGAGGCAGAGUACACUACUCAAGCAAAUCUCACAACUAACCCAAAUUUCAUGGCUACUUAUUCUGGCUUCAUGAAAUCCACAAUCAUGAACGUGACUCAUUUAGGCUCUGAAUCUCAGAAGCACAUUGCCCAGGACAGUAAUUGCACAACUAACAAGUUUCCUUUUGCAUCUGAGAAUGGUCCUCUUCCUAGUUAUAGCCAAUGCUUACCUAUGGAGAAGUAUCCUCCUCCUAAUUUGUAUUCAGUUUAUCCUCUUUACUAUGGAAACCACCAUAAAUUUGAAGAAAUGCAGCAUGGUUUUGGAAUCUUCCCCAAGGCAAUAUCUAACACAGUAGAGCCUGCUAAGAUGGGUGUCAUUGAUAACCUCUUCUCUCCUGAUGUGGACUCUUCCAAUAACAUGAACCAAACAGAUGUGAGAAAUACCUCUUACAACCCACAUGAAAUUGCUUGUGAUCUAUCGUUGCGGUUGGGCCGCCCUCUUUCAAUACCUUGCUGGAGUGUUGGAAAGAGUCGGCUUCAGGAAAUUGAAGACACUGGUUCCACCUCUCUAGAGUGGAACAGAUUCGGUGAUCUGACGCCAUCAAUUGAUAAAAUGUUAUCUUCCUUUCCUAGGAGCAACAGAGAAGACCCUUUGAACUCAUCUUUAAACAAAUGGAGUGUAGAAGGUGAGCAUGUGAAUGUAGAUGCAACAAUGAGAAAGAGAAAGACAGUUUAUGGUCCAGCAGUGGAUCAGCAAUUUUGUUUGCCGCCAAAGCUUCCUUACAGCCACUUAACUGGAAGAAUGAAAAGUGCAGGAUCCUAGACUCAGUCCCUUUAGACCAUUGACAUGGCCUUGCUUGAGGGAGAGAUCUUCAAAAGUAAGGACGGGGGUUCAAAGGUUCCUGGCAUCUGAAAGUAUAAAAAUGACUGACUCUUGCUGCUUCAUCUACGUUUUGAGUCUGCGAACGGAAACCUGAGGCAUCUUUCAAGGUUGAUAUUGAGAAGAUCGAGGAAUCCCCAGCUGACAAAAAAGAAGGGAUGGGGAUUGGGCGUUUUGUAGGAAUUAUUCCAUCCUUUGCUUUUGUAUGGAUUUGAUCAUAGAUAAAAGAUUAAUCUUUCAGUAAAGCCUCUUACUUGAGCUUGGGGAGUUGCUGGGAGUACAGCUUUUCUGAUCAAUUUAUGAUGGAGCAUAGUAU